UGCAAAAGCACACGCUCGCCCCGCCCAGCCAAUCCUCGCCCGAACAAAGCCGCGCGAGCGCGAGUGGACGCUGGCGAUGCCGUGGAACAAGUUAAAUGCACGAGCCGGUGGUGAUGGGAGAGCAGAAAUGUUGACUCUUGCUUGGCUUUGUCUGCAAUAGGUAGGAGGCUGCCGGAACGGGCUAGUUCAGAACUGUCCCUCGCUUCGACAUGCCCCAAAUGCUUUCCCUGCUUCGGCUGUUCACCCCACGCUCCUUUCCUUUCAAUUCCUCCAUGUCCGAAGUCGUACGUGCAUUUGCAAGAAGUUCACGAGACUGGAGGGAUGCACGGCCAGGCAUCUACAGAAUCUUGAUGGGGGCUGCAUUGCCCCGCUGUGUACCUGUGAUACCCCAACCUGUACGAUCCCACGCGACAACCCCGGCUCUCCCGUCCUGUGCAAUCCACGGUCUGAACGGCGGGAUGGGGAUGAGCAAACCUUCUCCGCUCUUUCAGGGUGAGCAUUGCCUAUAUCCGACCGAAUUCCCGCAUCGCGACUCAAUGUGGGAUGUCGGAUUUGUCCGCGGCGUCGGUUUUCAACCACCCCCGAUGGAGUCUCCGCUCACCAAAGCGAAGGCAGUUACUCGCUUCUGCCCCGUCAGUACCACGAUUCGCACUGUGAUCAUUCGUUGUAAUGGCUGGCGGCGUGUCUCGAUCGUCUACAAGUGGGGCUAGUCCCAUCUCAUUUCCAGCCUUGGCUUUCGAUGCAAUGCACUUACAUGUAAGCCUAAGGAUGUUUUGGAGAGCCGUUAUGUUC